AUGCGACUUUUAAUUGCAUCUUCUUUGUGUUUUUGUCUGGUGAUAGCUGUCCCACAUCGUCCUGGAUGGAGAUUGAAGUUUGAGGAAUGCUACGGAACAUUUGAGUGCUUGCAGGGUUUAAGAUGCUGCACUGAAUGUCCGUGGGGCGCCAUAUGUGGAGCUGGAACGAAGUAUGCUCCCGUCUGUCAGCCAUCAUGCGGUCGGAACGACAAAGAAUUUUUCGGAAACGAGCCUAGCUAUGUCAAAAGCCCCAAUGCUUUCUGCAGUGAUACCUACGAAUGUCCAUACCUCCAUGUCUGUUGUGCGAUGUGCCCAGCCGAUGCUCCAUGCGGUCCCGGAACGCAGUUUGCUCCCACUUGUCGAAGAGACUGUCCGCCUGGAGACCCCAACUACAGAUUUUUCCCUGAACCCGUCACUCUUAAC